UUUAUCCUAAGUUCAACGAAGCCCGGGAGGUUGUAGUGGAACGUUGUUGUCUGCUUCUUGGGGAAGACAUUUCUGAAGUACACAUAAGAGCUGUUUAUUUCCGGUUGAAGCGGAAGCGGAUGCAAGGGAUUUGUUGUCGGAAACAUGGGCGCUCACCUGGUUCGACGGUAUGUCACCGAAACAGACACCGAACCUGACCCAGCGAAGAAAUUCGAGUUCGACCCCCAAUUUGGGUUUGCUGAAAGGAAAGAGCGAGAGAUGGUAGCCACUCAGGAGCAGAUGAAUUUAGCCCAGCUGCCGUUGGAGCAGAGGGACUAUUGUGCUCAUCACCUCCUCAAGUUCAUGAAGUGCAAGAGGGACAACUGGCCCAACUUCCUAGCCUGCAAGCAUGAGAAGCACGACUGGGACUACUGUGAACACCAGGACUAUGUGAUGCGGAUGAAGGAGUAUGAGAGGGAGAGGAGACUCCAGCUGAGGAAGAAGAGAAUUGAGGCCCAGGCUGAAGCUGCAUAAUGAAACUCAUCCUGUUCCUUCCUCUCUGUAUAUAACUAAUGCUGUUCACAUUAAACAGUGCCUCAUAGUGAGCUGUAAAUAA